AUGAAGGGCUCGAGCUCAGAUAGAGAUUUGCAGAGCUUACUUGAAGCCAUCAAAUCUUCUGAUGUUGUUGAAAAUCGUGUGCAACUGAUUGUGGAAUUGGAGGAGUUAGAUUUAACUGAGAAAUCUGAAAUGAAUUCUCUUAUUGAAUCUUUAAUAAUAUUCUGGGAAGACUUCACUUGCCUGGAUGUAUCCCAGUGCACCCUGAAUAAGACUAUUCUGCAUGUGGCUGCAAAAUACUUAGAUUCAGAUAUAUCUGAAUGCCUAGGACAAUUUCUUGGUCUAGGAAUGAAAGCAAACAUUUGGUGUAGAAAGCAUCUGAAGAUGACACUGAUGUCAACAGAGGAUUCUCAAGAAGAGGAACACAGUAGCAUUUUCUAUCAGUUGCUUUUGGAUGUGCUGAGCUACUCUUCUGCUAGCUAUUCAGCUUUUGCAAGAUAUCCUGUAUUGAGUAACAAAGAGGUGAUGUUAAGCCUUGGGAAUUUCAUUUCAGAACAGUUAAAUCUGACAAAAGAUUCAGUAUCAGAAAUAAAGAAGAUUCACACUUUAGUUCCAGAGUUAUUGAAAGCAGUACAGGUGGCGCUCGAUGCUGUGACUCGACUAUGCAGGGUAUAUUCGGAUGGUAUAAAUUGGGAUAUCUACAUUUUGAAAGCUAAAGAAGUUGAAAACAUUACAGAGAGCAAGGAGGCUGAAAAUGCAGAUCCUGUCAUCAAUGUGAUCAAAUGUACAGUAGAAAAGUUGUGUGAAUUGGGCGUCCUUGCAGCUGACAACGGUGGCAGUCUUGUGAGUCUAUUAAAUAUGUCAUGGAAAGGUGUAGUCACAUUGCUUCAGCUCGGGAAGGGUGCUUUGGCAGCAAAGGUGAACAUAGCAGGUGUUAUUAUGUCCCUAAUUUCACUGGCCAACGAAUCUUUAAGAUGUGCAGCUGGGACUUGGUCAGCUUCAAUGACAGAAAAUGUCUCUGUGUCUGAAGCUAAAAGGAUUUACCUACCUGUGAAAUUUUAUCUUAUAAACGCUGUAGAAUCUUUGAAAUCUGCAAGUGAAGUGUUGGCAGAAAUUCUGGAGCCAACAUCCCUACAUUUACUCAAUGGUCUACUAAAUUCAGGUCAGGUGAAAGAAGAGCAAAAGUUCCAGAUAUUGGACUGGUUGUUCAGUAAUGACAGUGAAUUGGGAUCUGUUGAUAAAGUUACAAAUAAUUACAAUGGAAACAAUUCAUUACAUCCAAUAUUUUCUGUAAAUUCCAAUACUAUGAACCGAGCAAAAGUAUUGGACCUUGGUCGUGUUGCUUUAUUUCUUCAUCUUUUGAAAAGUGCUCCUGAUCUAGAAGAUGAUGUCAGAUUUGGACUUGCCAGAAAGCUAGGAUGGCUUUUGGAUAUACUCAUAGAUGAAGAUGUAUAUUCUUCAAUUCUUGUCUUGCAAACUCCUACUGCAAAUAGUUUUGGCCAAAAGCUGGAACUUGGUUACCAGCCUAUGUUCUGUUCUGUACUUCAUGCGUUGAAGACAUUCAUGAUAGUAACCUCUUCAAGUCUGGUUUGGGGUGAAGUAGAGUCAUUCCUUCUCGAAAAUCUCUUCCAUCCUCACUUUCUCUGUAGGGAAAUUAUUACUGAACUUUGGUGUUUCAUGUUGCGCCAUGCUGAGCCAGACAUGACGAAUGACAUUAUUGAUAAACUUUUCUCACUAUUGAGGCAUACAGCUGUUCCAGAAUCAGUAUUAUUUCCUAGUAGUCAUCUGCGAAAAAUUGCAAGAUUGAUCUCCAUGUUUCUAAAUUACGGGACAGAAUUGAUGGUUGAUCGAGUUUACACUUCUGUUGUUGGGAACGACAGAUCUCAGUGUUCAUCAAGUGUGUAUACAGCACUAAUAAUGGAAGGUUUCCCUUUACAUCUUCUUCCAGAAAAGACAAGAAGUACUGCAAAACAAAGAAUUAUAACUGAAUUUUUUGACUUUAUAGAGAGCAUGGAAGAGAAGUCAUCUGAACCAUGUGUUUCUGGCAUUUAUGGUGCUCCAGUUUUUGCUCUCUCUGCUGCUUUGCAGUCUCUCCAGGUCAGCCUAUCUGAUACUGACAUGAAAACUCUGAAGUACCUAGUUCCUAUGAUUCACAAGUACAAAAACUCCACAGACGACCAAAUUAAAGAUCAUUACUGCAAGCUUCUAGGUGAAUUGUUAGGCAUUUUUUCUCACAUGAAACAUUUGUACUCAUCUGAUGAUAUGGAAGGAAUUAUUUUGGAGCUUCAGAAGCUCUUUAUCUCGAGGCCAGAAGAAUCAGAUGGUCAACUAUUUUGGUGCAAACCUAACCUAGCUCAUUUCAUGGGCGGUCUUGGUCAUAUGGAGCUGGCAGAUAGUGAUAAUUGUGCUCGGAGUUCAGCUGCUUGGGAGUUGUAUCACAUGUUACUAAGGGAGCGGCACUGGGCAUUUGUUCACCUGUCGAUCUCAGCAUUUGGAUAUUUUGCUGCUCACACUUCUUGUAAUCAGCUGUGGAGAUUUGUGCCACAAGAUGCUGCUCUGUCUUUUGACUUGGAAUCUGGAAAUGAAGCUGAUGAAGAAAGAUUUAUGUCUGAGUUAAAAGCAUUUCUUGAGAAAGAAAUUGCGAAACCAAGAUUCCAUCAGUUAGAGAUGCUUGUUAAAGAAGGUCAAAUGUUAAAAGAAAUUGUUCAAAUCAAUGCAAAGAUCAAUCCAGAGUCUAUAGCAUGUGAUAUGAUGGAGAUCGACGAUGAGAAACAUUUCAGUAGGAAAAGAAAAUUUCCUGACGGAAUCAGCAAGGGAGUAGAAUUACUGCAGAGUGGCUUGAAGGUUAUGGGUGACGUUCUUUCCCAGUGGCAACAUAAUCAAGUUGACUCUACUGAAGUACAUAAAACAUUUUUGACUCAUUUUUCUAGGCUUGAAGAUGCGAUUGCAGACUUAGUUAGCCUGGCUAAUAGUGGCUAG